AUGUCUUCCACUCAUCGGGCACUUAUUUUUGAUGAUUUCAAAGGACCACUAGAGGUUCGACAACUUCCUAUACCAGAACCCCAAGACGAUGAGAUUCUCGUUAAAAUAAAUUAUUCUGGAAUCUGCCAUUCGGAUCUUCAUGCUUGGAAUGGCGAUUUUGACUACGCGACAAUUCAUCCAUUGAUCGGAGGUCAUGAAGGAGCAGGAGUAGUUGUCAAAACUGAAUAUGUUACUGCUCGAGCCAUGGAUGCCAUUAGAAUACCAAAGGAUUUGAAUUUGGCAGCAGCUGCUCCGGUUCUUUGUGGAGGAGUUACCGCAUAUAAGGCGCUGAAAGAAACAAAUGUGAAGCCAGGACAAAUUGUGGCGAUUACUGGAGCUGGGGGAGGGCUGGGAUCGUUUGGAAUUCAAUAUGCAGGAGCCAUGGGAAUGCGAGUUAUUGCAAUUGAUCACAGUGAGAAGAAGGAUCAUUGCAUGAAUCUUGGAGCCGAGUGGUUUGUAGAUGCAUUCAACACUGAAAAUUUAUCAGAUCACAUAAAGAAUAUUACGAACGGAGGACCCCACGGAAUUAUUAAUUUUGCUGCGGCGAAGAAACCAAUGGAGCAAGCAUUCGAAUAUAUCAGAAAAAGAGGAACCAUUGUUUUAGUUGGAUUUCCAAAAGAUUCAAAGAUUAUGUUCGAUACAACUCCAUUGAUAUUCAAUGCAAUUACUGUCAAAGGUUCAAUUAUUGGAUCUCGUUUGGAUACCGAAGAAGCAUUGGAAUUUGUGGCCCGUGGAGCUGUGAAAGUUCCAUUGGAAAUGGUCAAACUAGAAGACGUCUCAAAGGUCUACAGGAAGAUGGAAGACGGAAAAAUCAAUUCUCGUGUUGUUGUUGAUUUCUCAUUGUGA